CUCUCCCUCAACUCUCAUCUUCUGAAUUAUAUAUUCGUACUUGACUGUACAAAGCCCGCAAUCUCUUCUAACAUUCGAAUCUACCAUCAUCCCAGCAGCCACCUCCAGCAAAGAUCUCACCUCAAUCGCCCGUCCCAUCCCAUACCAUACCCAUACUGAACAAAUCAUAUACUGCCAUGAGCGCAAAGUCCUCAACCGGCCCCGAUGCAUGGGCAGAAAACUGGGAAGAACAAGCCGAUAAAGUCACAUCCGACACCCCACCCCCGCCGGCGGAAAAGAAAGUCUCGUCCAAGGUGACCAAAGCGCAGCGCAGAGCCCAACAGGCCGAAUUCAACCGCCAAUUAUGGGCCGAAGCUGAAUCCCCCCAAACAUUCCACUUCCUCGAAUCGCGAUCAGAUGUACCGCUGCGGCAAGAAUUCAAACCGGCGGUCACCGUGCUCAGCCGCAAUCCCCAGAUCGCGACGCGCGGGUCCGGUUUGGACGGGACGACGGCAGGAAUGUCCCGGCUGGGGGUGAACGACGACGACUCGGACGAGGAAGGAGGCCGGGCUGCCCUGCCCACCGCGGAAGAGCGCCAGGCGAUGGCGCUGCGGAAUCUGGAGGACCGGCAGCGCAAGUACGAGGAGGUGCGCGAGCGGCUGUUCGGCAGCCCCUCCGCCCCAACGUCCGGGGCAUCGUCCCCGCGCAGCGCUACGCCUCCUACGAAACCGUACGAAGGCCGCGGUAAGGGCAGAGGAGGCCGCGGGAAUGGGCGCGAGAACCGGGAUAACACCAACAGGGACAAUAGCGCAAACAGCAGCAAGCGCGAUUCUUCCGCUGCGUCCGGCAAGUCUCGGCAGUUGUAUGAUCCGGACUCUCCCCGGACGAGCGCCGGCCAAAACUCUCGGAGAGAGAAGCAAAGCGUAAGUCGGCCGAAUACCGACGGAACCCAGGCCCCUCGGCAGCCGAUUCGUAGCCCUCGCGGGCCCGAUAGCAGUGGUCGAGGUGGUUUUCGAGGUGGCUUCCGAGGUGGACGGGGUGGUUAGACUACAAACACUCUACGAUACGCAUACAAUCCCUCCGCCGACAGGGCCUCAUACACGUUGACUGUCGGCCUGGCGACGCUCGGUCGCGGCCUCAGCAUUGUCCAUUUAGUCAACUCCAUGAGUCUGCGAAGAGAUCUAUGACACUAUGGAAGCCCUCGCCCAGAAUUGAUCGCGUUGGCUACCUGCGAUGUGUUUGGGCGGUUUUCUAGAGGGUGUCAGCAGGCCACCAAACUAAACCGAACAUGAGUACUCACCUGCAUAUCGCUCAUAACUGUCCAGAUACAGC